AAAGUGAUCUGUGGAAAUGGCCGGCAAUCUUAGAACCUUGAGAGGGCUUAUCUCUGAAAUCCGGCGAUCAUCGUCUGAUAAGAAGAUUAAGGAUUCGCUUCUUGUGCAGCACUUGUUGCAGCUUUACAAAAAGAACCAAGUAACUGACGAGCAGCUAUGCAGAGAGCAGUUCGAGAUGGCACGCCUUGCGGAAACGUACUCCUGCUACUUAUCAAGCUCACGGCGUUACAUGGCCAUUAAGGACGAGUACCACGGCAAGGGCGAGCGCUCAGUUCGGGAUACGGCCAAUAUGGUUGGCUUCAAGCUACCCCAUGACCCAAAGUGAUGCUUCUACCGCUCCUCGUGCUGUUGGCGGUGGCCUUGGGUGCACAGGAUGGAGACCGCCUUUGCCCCCAGGGCCAAUUCCGCAUUGCCCAUAUGACCGAGUGUGCCCCUUUGCUCACAUGCGCUCAGUUGGGAACGUUGAAGGUGCGGUUAGUUUUGAAUAGACCCCAAAGAUUCUUUUCAUUUGUUGUUUAAUAAUUCAAUUUUUGGUCAAUUCUUAUUUUGUUGCUGUUUUUCAUGGGGCAGUAGAUAUUAAAAAAUUAGAACCUAAAUUCAUUUGUGUUACUGAAUGAAGUCUCAUUGGUUCUAAACUUGA